GAAGCUGUCGUGAGUGAGAGGAAGAGUCGAGUAGAGAACAGACAAGUCGACGAGAGGGGCCCUUUAUAGUCACGCUGGAUCGUUUGUCGUGUCGUGUCGUGUCGUGUCGCUGUCUCGCUCGUCUCUGCGCACCGCUGUGACGUCGCCAGAGUAGCGUGAUCGUGACGCGUGUUUGGCACCUGCCCGGGUUGGUCUGAGCGUAGUCGGGACGUCGUCGAGCCGAUCAGAUCAACGCGCAAUCCUUUGACACGCACGGCUCAUCUCGCACCGAAAGGGGAGCGCCGGGGAGCACAGCCAUGACAUCCAACUCGGUGCGACGGCGCAAGAGACGACACGACGCACGCUGGGCGCCCCGUGACGAUCGGUCACUCGUCGCACCGGCUUGGCAGCCGAUGAUCCAUCUAUUCGCUUCAUCUGGCGUUGCUCUUCGCACUCAUUUCCCCACGACGUCGACGCCCACUUGCCUCGCCCGUUGUACGUCGCCGCCAUCUGCACCGACCUCGGCGCCACCUCGCUCGCUCGGGGCCUCCUUUGACGUCAGUGGAGGCUUUGUUGGAGACACGCGAGAAAUUUGCGUGUUUGUCGAGAAUAUACAGACAGUUUGAAGCCAUCUUCUACAGUAUAGCAAGUCUGGAGUGCGUUAGCAGCGACAAAGGCGAGAGGGAGAAGCAGAUCAAGGCCAAGUCGAAGGAUCGAUGGUCUCGAUACGUCGAUACGUCCGCCACAUCGACUCAGCACGUGAUAUACGCGUGGUUUCCACGCGAAUCUACUCCCGCUCUCCUAUCUCGGCCAUCUCCCAUCGAAUCUUUCGAUCGAAACAACAUCCAAACAAACCCCCAUCGCACCAGUUUUGCGACAAAACAUGACCUCCCACCUCAUUCAACAGCAUGCAGCAUGCUAGACCAACUCGUGGGGAGCAGGGCGUGCUAUUCCGUGACCUCCUUCUGCCCCAGCUCGCUCCAAGAAGCCCCACACGACCUCCAAUUGUUUCAAUCCUCUUGCUCGGCCUCCGACCGCCGAGACGCGCCAGCUGACUCCGCGCCGCCACGCGCUCUCGCCUAGCCCAGAUCCUGUUGUUCGGCAUGGUGCCCAAACAGUUAUCUUGGUCUCUGCCUCGUCGCCCGCGCACAGUAACUCACGACUUCGCACACUAGCGUCGUGCCAGUCGGACAGGGGUACGCGUCCGGGCGCCGAAAGGAUACGGGCAGCUGCAGCUAUGCGGAGCAAGCAUGAUCGAUGGCGACAGACUGCUGUCCAUAUAAAGUCGGACAGAGCAAUACCCGGACAGAAGAGAAACCCAUUGACUCGUUGUUACCAUGCCCGCGAGAAUCAACAACGGAAAGGGGCCCUCGGUGUGCAUCAUUGGCGGAGGCGUCAGCGCCAUCAGCCUGGGUCUAGAGCUCGACAGGAGGGGUCUGACCAACUGGGCGGUGUACGAACGCCUCGAUGGCAUCGGUGGCACCUGGUGGACAAACCGCUACCCCGUCCCCGCCCUCGUCUACUCCCACUCGCGGUUCCAGAACCCCAACUGGUCGCAGACGCACCCUCCGCGCAAGGAGAUCCAGGCGUACUGGCAAGACAUUGUCGUCAAGGAAAACCUGAUGGACCGUUUCCACCUUCAGCGCGAGUACAUCAAGGCCGUCUGGGACGCCCACCGCAAGCUCUACGUCAUCACCCUGCGCAACCUGCACAACGGCGAGCUGUUUGACAUUGAAGCCCACAUCCUCGUGUCCGCUUCGGGCUUCCUGUCCGAGCCGCAGAAGAUUAACACGCUCCCCGGCGUCGACAAGUUCAAUGGCCAGGUGUGGCACGCCGCCAACUGGCCCGAGGAGGCCACCAACGAGUACCUCCACGGCAAGAAGGUCGCCGUCAUCGGCAACGGAUGCAGCGGUGUUCAGAUUGUCGCCACCCUCGGCCUCGACCCCGAGAUUGAAACCAUCUCCGUCGCGCGCACCAAGCAGUGGUUCGUCCCCAGCCCCCCUGGCCACCCGCGCAACUCGGUCCCGUACGCCGAAUGGCGCAAGGCGCUUCGACGUGCCUUCCCACCGAUCCAGUGGCUCGAGCGCGCAAUCCUCUGCACCAUCAUGGACUCGACUUUCUACCUGGCGCUUCAGAAGGACGGCGCCCGGAGCCGCCGCUUCUUGGAGAAGUGGUGCGCCAAGUGGAUGCUCCGACGCUACCCCGAGAGCAUGCGCGCCAACGCCAUCCCAUCGCACCCGUUGGCCUCCAAGCGCCUGAUCUUUGAGGACGGCUACUUUGCGGCCCUAAACCGUCCGCACGUCUCGGCGCACUUUGGCCGCAUCGAGGGCUUCACCCCCAACGCCAUGAUCCUUGACAACGGCAAGGAGGUCGACGCUGACGUCGUCGUCAUGGCCACUGGCUACGAUGCCGAGGGCUGCACACCGCUCGUCCACGCCGGCAUCGACACGGCAACGUUCAAGUCUCGCGCCGAGUGGAAGGUUUACCGCGGUGUCAUGAUGCCCGGUCUUCCCAACUUUUUCAUGCUUCUCGGCAACGACCUGGGCCUCAACCACAUGUCCAUCACGUCGGUCGUCGAGAUCCAGGCCAACUACAUUGCGCAGAUCGUGCAGGCCAUGUACGAGUACGAGAUUGAUGCCGUCGAGCCCAAGCAGAGCGCGACGGACAAGUACGACCAGGAGCUUGCCAACCGGCUCGACAAGACGACAUGGGUUACUGUGCGCAACUACUGGCGCGGAGACGGCGGCACCGGGCGCAUCUUUACCCACUACCCCGGCACGGUCAGGCGCCUGUGGUACGAGCACAACACGCCGAUCUGGAACGACUUUUACGGCACCGAGGAGCUCGUCGCUGCGGAGAACAGGCGGCGCACCGUUGUGUCAGUGCUCAUCGCCUUUGCCCUCGGCGUCUUCUUCAACCCAUCCGAGACGAGCACCAACCUGCGCCACCUGGUCGCCGUGCUGCUUGCCAGCGCGUUUGUCCACCUCAAGACGCUCGCGUCGGCCGUACCGUAUGUCGACCGAAUCCCGGCCGUGGCCAAGCUCGUGCACUCGGCAUAGGCGAGGCCUGAGCAGACACAGUGUUAGAUAAUGUCCGUGUAUGUUUUGUAGCGUGAUUACGAGGUUUGUGUCUCGGA